AUGCAAAAUAAGAUUCGAUCCGAUGCACUUCAUGAAAAUGUGAUGGCCAUCGGAGCAUUGAAAGAUAUUUUGAAAAGUUCAUUGGGACCUAAUGCGAGAAGUAAAUUAAUUGUGGAUCCUCAUAAAAGAGUAACUGUCAGUCAAGACGGAGCCUUUCUUUUGAAGCAAUUAAAUGUACAGCAAGCUGCUGCUAGUAUUUUAGUAGAAGCAGUUUUAUCACUUGAUAAAUUUAUUGGAGACGGAACCACUAGUACAGCUCUAUUAGCGUGUUCUUUAAUUGAACAAGCAUAUGCAAAACAUAGAAAAGAAAAUUAUCCAAUGAAAUACAUUUUGCAAGGAUAUGAUUGGUGCUUGGAAUUUAUCAAGUCUGAAAUUAUUCCAAAAGCUUCAAUUGUCGUGGAGGAGGAUUUCGAGAACAACAGAAAAAAGAACAUCUUUAACAUUGUCAAUUCAGCACUCUCGUCAAAAACGGCUGUACAUAUUCAUGCCAAAUAUUUGGCAACGUUAUUAACAAAUUCAAUUUUGAGUGUUAUGGAUGGGAACACUUUUGAUAUACAAAAUAUAAUGCUCUUGAAAAUACCAGGUCUUUUUGGUACAACAGAAUGUCUUCCAAAAACAGUUAUUGUUCCAACGACCUCAGUCACCUCUACUGAAGUACUGACAAAACGAGAGUCUCCGUACAAAUUGUUGGUCAUUCAUGGACCAUUGCAAAGACAACGUACAAAAACAAAACAUUAUGCCAUUCUUGAUACUGUGGAAAAUCUUGAAAAGUGGAAGGUUGAAGAAGAGAUGGUUUUCAAAAGAAUGGCAGAAACUAUCAAAUCUAUUCAUGCCAAUAUUGUCAUUUGUAAAGGAGUCGUUCAUGACCUUGUUUCACAUUAUUUACAAUCAUUUGGAAUUUUAUGUCUUGAAAAUGUUCCAUCAGAGCUUUGUAAAUUCACAUGCAAAACUCUCAACAUUCAAUAUGUUCAAUCCAUUGAAGAGUUACAGAAUGAAUGUCGAGAAAUGAUUGAUCUAGACGAGAAAAGUAACAAGAUUUCUCAAAAGUAUUUAGGACUUGUCGAGUCGUGUGAAUUAUAUCAAAUGAAUGGAGAUCUCUCUCAUCAGCAAGUUCUUUCCACCAUCAUUAAAGCGUGGAAUGAUCAGAAAUACCAAAUUGAGAAACCCACGACAUGUACGACCAUCAUUCGUGGGAGCACGAUGGAACAGUGUGAAGAAUUUGUUCGACAUGCUCAAGACGCUCUCUAUACAUGUAUGGUCACUCUUACAGAAUGCAACAAGAAGAUGUCCAAACAAACCAUAUGUGAACGUGCCGAGAGUAAUGAUGCACAACACGACCUAAUGGCAUCAAGAUCACAGCAAAUAUUUGUCACAGGAGGUGGCUCGUUUGAAUUGUAUUGCAUGUGGCAGUUGGAACAAUGGUUAUUGCAUGGAAAACAAGAUCAACCAUUGUUAGAGGCAGCUGGAAUUGAAUGUUUUGUUAAGGCAUUGCGAGUCAUACCGGAAACGUUGUGUGUUAAUGCCAACUUUCCUCCAGAGCAAACCAUUCGACAGACAAUUCGAAAGCAAAAAGAUUCACAAUGUUCAUACUUUGGUAUUCCAGCUUGCCAUGUCAUUGAUCUGGAUCAAUUUGAUGCUCUUCUCCAAAACCCAUCUAGUUUCAUGCAUCAAGACAACAUGUUGCAAAUGGAAAUUUAUGACUCAAUUUUCACCAAGCAAGCCACAUUGGAGACUUCAAUUGAAGUUGCAAAGAAUAUUCUCAUGGUAUCUGGAAUCAUUUUAUAUAAUCAUCAAAGUGCCAACCAAUAG